GCGAAGAAGGUGCCGCAUCCAAUGGAUUCAGCCAAUCCUUUGGAGGCUGUGACGCUCGCGGCCUUGAGGGAGAACCUCACCAUCACAUUCCUCAAGGUCAGACGGGAGGCGCUUUUGAGCAAGUCCGAGCCGAUUGAUGCUGAGGAGGCAAGAGUCUUGGCGGAGGCAUCUCAAGAGGAGGUGACGCUCGGCUUCCUUGAGGGGCCGUUUUACAGCAGGGAUGAAGUUUCAUCCCGACUUGAGACAGAGGCGAAGGAGUGGCGCGGAAAGUGCCUUGACUUGAGCAAAGCGUAUAAACAGCUUGCAGUUCUGCCAGCCCACCGGCCUCUGGCAGUCAUAGCAGUGCGGCAAGAGGAUGGGCGCGACGCGCUGUGCUUGUCAAACAGCUUGCUUUUUGGUAGUACCGCAGCAGUAUAUGCCUUUAACCGGGUGAGCCGUUGCUUGUGGUUCUUGAUCAAUCGACUGCUCUGGAUUCCUUCCGGGGUGUACUUCGACGACUACCCCCCGUUAUGUCCAGCGGCCACGGCCGAGAGUGCGGACUCGGUUGUGAGCGACUUUUUGGAUUGCCUGGGGUGGCGUCACGCCAAGACGGGUGUGAAGGGUCGUGCCUUUGCUCCAAGCUUUGACGUCUUGGGGAUGACCUUGGGCCUGGACAGGGUAGCCCAAGGAGAGGUGAGCCUUGCCAACAAGCAGGGUCGCAUCGAGCGCAUUGUAGCCCAGCUUCAGGAGGUUGGUUCUAGGGGUGAGAUUAGCAGGCAGCUUGCCCAGGUCCUGCAGGGUUUGUUGCAAUACGCUUCUGGCUUCUACGCUGGCAGGGCUUUGAAACACGCCUCGCAUGUGCUUUCGCGUAUAGUGGGUGGCUUACACUUCAGCCCCCUUGACCUCCGAGAUUUUUGCCGUCAUACCAUCCGCCUUUUGCAGGACGAGACCCCGCGCAUUUUGAGGUGCUUCAUGACAACCGAUGUCCUCCACCUUUGGACGGAUGGCUCCUGGGAGUCAGGGGUGGCGGGAGUUGGACUUGCCGCCAGUUGA